ACCGCACAGCGACCCCGCGCCGGGCCGCCCCGCGCCCCCGGAAGCUCAGGCUUUCCGGCGCCGGGCUGCGGCGGCCUGGGCGGGCGCGCUGUGCGCCUCGCGGCCCGGGUCACCGCGUCACUCACGACCGGUCCCCACAAGGGCCGUCCCGGUCUCAGGAGACUCGAGCGACACCGGCCACAGAGGGUACUGUCCAAGGCAGCAGCCCCAGUAUGACCUCUUGGGUUUCAAGGCUGCUUCCUCGGAAUGGCCGUUCCUUGGCUACAGCAUCAGAGAACCAGCGAGCUGAGGAUCGCCAUCGGCACCAGGAGGCCUACGGGUACUUCUUGCCCAUCCAGACGAGGUGGCAGGACAAUGACCAGUACGGCCACGUGAACAAUGUCGUGUACUACAGCUACUUCGACACGAUUAUCAACCAGUAUUUGAUCAGGUACUGCGGCCUGAAAACGGGCUUGCUGACGUCCCCCAUGGUGGGCUUCAUGGCGACCAAUCAGUGCACCUUCCACACACCGGUCAGCUUUCCUCAGAUCCCAGUGGCUGCGUUGGCCGUGGAGAAAGUGGGUCGCUCCAGCGUGCACUACCGCCUUGCUCUGUUCCCGCCUAAGCCCACCAGGGAGACGCCUUCCGUCGACCACUGGGACCUCAGCGAUGGCUUCUUCUUCGGCCACCCCAAGCUGGCUCACUUUGCCGCUUUGGCCUGUACCACAGGGUCUUCAGUCCAUGUCUUUGUCAAUCUAGCCACCAGCAAGCCGGUGGGCCUUCCCGAAGACUUCCGGAGGGGCCUCCUGCGGCUGAUGAGCCCGGCUCCAGGGUGAACAUCUGUAUGGGAGUCACGCCUGCCAGAAAAUAAAGG